CGCGGAAGGGGCGGGCGCCCCGGGGGUGGAGCCGCCUGCGCGCCCUGCGCUCCCGCCCUCCGCAGGCACCGCGGGCACCGCGGGCACCGCCGCCGGGCCGUUCCGCCGCAGGCCGCAGCCCCGAGGACUCGCCGGUCGCCCCGGGACGCCGGGUCUGCUCCAGUAGCCCCCAUGGCGCCUGGCAUGGCGAGCAGGUAGGAGACGCCGGGCCUGCAGCAAGGCGGGUGGCGUAGAACAUGUCUCCACCACCCAGUUCUUCCCCUGCCGCCAGAGGCCGCACCCACCUGUCCCAUGGCCUGCACGAGUCCAUCGCUGUCUGGCGCCUUUGACAUCCUAGCUGCGGCAGGCCAGGACAAGCUUGUGUACCUUAAGCACAAACUGAAGGCCCUACGCCCGGGCUACCGGGGGGCUGACCUCCUGCACGCUAUGGUGCUCCUGAGCCUGGGCCAGGAGACUGAGGCCAGGAUCUCCCUGGAGGCCCUGAAGGGCGAUGCUGCCGCCCGGUUUGUGGCCUGCCAGUGGGCCGGCAUGGACAGCACCGAGGCCCCCGAGGGGCCUCCGGACUUGUCCUGGGCUGUCGCCCGGGUCUACCACCUGCUCACCGAGGAGAAGCUGUGCCCUGCCCCUCUGCGGGACGUGGCUUACCAGGCAGCCCUCCGUGCUUUCAGCUCCCGAGACGACCACCGGCUCAGGGAGCUCCAGGAGGAAGCCCAGGCCCGGUGUGGCUGGAGCAUCACUGCAGACCCCGGGAGCUUCCGGCCCCUCCGCUCUGAUUCGGGCUGCCUCCCGCCAUCUUCAGCGGCUCCCUCUGGGACCCGCAGCGUUCCAAGGCCCAUCGAGCCCCUUUCGGGCUGGAGCAGAGGGUGUCCCCUGAGGUCCACCGGCAGCCCGGCCUCCCUGGACAGCAACUUGGAAAUUAGCCAGUCGCCCACCAUGCCCCUUCUCAGCCGGCUCCGUGGCUCCCACGGGCCCAGCAGGCUGUGUGACAACCCCCCGGCCCGCCCGGUGCCCCAGCCUGCCCCCAUGGGCUUCCAGGAGCCAGAGGAGAUGAGCUGGCCCCCGUCGGGGGAUGCCGCCAGCCCCCCGUUGGAGGAGACUGCCAGCCCCCCCGUGCUGACAAGCCCCCCAGCCCCCAGUCUUCCUGAGGUGGCCCCAGAUGCAAGCCCUACCGCUGGGCCCUACCCCUCAGAGGGUCUAGACAUCGACACUCAGCACCCGGUAGAGUGCCCAGACGUGCCCGCAGCUGCCCAGGCGCUCCCCUUGCCCUCCAGAAACACCUGCUCUGACGAGGACCAGACGCCACUACAACCUCCCACAGAAGACCCUGCCUCCCCAAUGGCCCAGCCGUGCCCAGCCACUCCCGCGGCCCAGAAGGCGUGCCCUCCCUGUCCGUCUCCACUGACCCCUUCUUUGGGGCACCCUGCCUCCUCGGCCCCGGAGCCCCCUUCUCCGCAGCUGGAGUCAGGGGAGCAGAGGUUCUAUAACUUCGUGAUCCUGCACGCCAGGGCCGACGAGCACAUUGCCCUGCGGGUCCGGGAGCGGCUCGAGGCCCUGGGCGUGCCCGACGGGGCCACUUUCUGCGAGGAUUUCCAGGUGCCCGGGCGAGGCGAGCUUCGCUGCCUGCAGGAUGCCAUAGACCACUCGGCCUUCACCAUCCUGCUGCUCACUGCCAGCUUCGACUGCCGCCUGAGCCUGCACCAGGUGAGCCAGUCGCUGAUGAGCAGCCUCACGCGGCAGGGCGGCCAGGACUGCGUGGUCCCCUUCCUGCCCCUGGAGAGCUCGCUGGCCCAGCUCAGCCCCGACACAUCCAGCCUGCUCACCGGCCUCGUGUGGCUGGAUGAGCACUCGAAGGUCUUCGCCAGGAAGGUAGCCAAUACCUUCAAACCCCAGAGGCUGCGGGCCCUCAAGGCCAUCUGGAGGAGGGAACAGGGGGUCCGGGCCCUGCAGCAGCAGCACCGGCACCUGGAGGGCGAGCGGCAGCAGGCAGUAGCGUGGAGCGCUGCAUACUCCGCCUAUGUCCAGAGCUACCAGAGCUACCUGGCCUUGCAGACACAGAUGGAGAACCUCCAGCUAGCUUUCGGGAGCCACGUGCCAUUUCCGGCUCAGGUGCAUUAUGGGGGCCAGGAGCCCCUGAGAGCCCCGCCACCCUUUCCCACCUGGCCGGGCCAUCAGCCGCCACCUCCGAAUCCAUGGCUUCCUGGCACCCCCCCACCAGCCUUCCCACAGGCCCCCACCUUCCCGCAGGCCUCACCGGUGUCCCCUCGGAGUCCUGGGCUGCAGCCCCUCAUUAUCCAGCAUGCACAAAUGGUGCAGCUGGGCCUUAACAACCACAUGUGGAACCAGAGAGGGACACAAGUGCCCGAAGACAAUACCCGGGAAGCCGAACAGCCUAGUGACCGGGCCUGAUGACUUCGACCUUUUCUCCUUCUUUGCCCUUGGACCUUGGAUGAUCCCAAGCUCCCCCUCUCCCCUCCUCCCAUUUCUAGGGGAGAGACAGGAACGGGGUCAUUUGCUACUUUCAGGACAUUGCUGGGGAGACCUUCAUCUCUCAGGAUAUAGUGCAAAAUGGGCUGCAAUGAUCGUCCGGCCUGCAGGGUGGCCGGAAUUGGAGGUGACAUUUUCAAGUUCUUUCUCCCUGGAUAGUGGUCUGCUGGUCUGAGUGGGCUGGGGGUAUUAUUGGUCAGUGUUUAAUUAUAGUAAAUAUUUAUUGAAUGCUUCUCCAGCACCAUUAUCCUCUGGGGGACUUCUGCUCUGCGUUCUGUUAAGACAAAUAACGUGGCUACUGUUCCCAAAAAACAGGUAUCAGAAGGGAGAAGUGGAUUUUCCCUUGAAGAGAAUCAACCAGAAGUUGUGCGCCUUUGCUCUCAUUUCAUUGGUCAGAACGUAGUCACGUGGACCCCGGCUGUAAGGAAGUCUGGGAAAUGUAGUCUCGACGGGCCACGCGCUUCCGUGAAAGUCUCGGUUCGAAUACUACAGCAGGUGAAUAGAAAAGACACUAGGGGGCCUUUAGCAGUUCGUAAUGCAGCCCUCUUUGUGGGGAGGAAGGUAUAUGCCCUGGUGCCUCCACCAAGACUGGGCUUAGAUCCCACUGUGUGGCCUUGCACAAGUGCCUUUACCUCUUGGAGCCUCUGCUGUCUCACCUGAGAAGUGGGUUUAUGGUGCCAAGGGGUCGAGGUGGCAGCAGAUGGUGCACAAGAACACUGAAAUGCCAGGGACGGUGUGAGUGCUCAUUCACUGUGCAUGCCCGGCCUACAGGGGAUUCAUCUUUUUGAGUCACAGACCUUUUGAGAAUAAGAGUAGAAUUCACAUUGGUUGAGCACUUGCCAUUGAUCAAUUCUGGAGGCUUUAAAUAGCUAAAUGUAUAUUCAUUACAAAAAAGGACCUCCCUCCCACCUCCCCAGUAGCAACUUCUGUUGUUAGGCCCCUUUUAGAGUUGAGGAAAACUGAGGCCUCCAGGGCGUGCAUUCCGGUCCCCAAAGUCACACAGAUCAGAGGUGGGGAGAUCACAACUGAAGAAGUUGAACUUCCAAGGGAAAGAAGGACUGAGGGGCCAGGAAGGGCGAGUUUGAGCCAGCUGAGACAGGAAGCCGUGGGCCCCUCCUGUCCACACAUCUGACACCAGCAGUAACUCUGCACGCCCUUUCCUCCAUUGCUCGUGGGCCGUGAAGGGUGAGCCUGAUGUGAGUCACCCAGGCGGUCCUACACCACUUGUUGGCUGCUGACUCAGACUCGUCAGGGCUCUGCUCCCCAGCUCCCAUGGGUGCUGGAAUGAAACAUGGGGCAGAAAGCCUGAGAUUAGAUCCUAGGGUGGAGGGGUGGAGACAGAGGGUUCCUGAGCAUCGAGGCACGAGCCAGCUGCAAAUAACUGGGUAGUUGCAACCAACAGGCCAUUUCAUUAUUUAACCCAACAUUUUUUGAGCCUCUACUGUGUGCCAGGAUUGUCCCUGGCACUGGGGUGCAGUGGAAGCAAAGACAGAUGUGAUCUUAGAGGUAGAGGGCAGGAAGCCGUGAAAGAGCCAUCAGAAAAGGAAGCAAGAUCAUUUCUUGGGAAGAAAGCAAGAGGGUGAGGUGACGGGCGUGUCUCAGGAGGGAGAACUUUAGUCCAAGUGGCCAGGGAGGGCCUGAGAAGGUGGCGAUAGAGCCAAGACCUGGAGGAAGAGAAGGAACUAGCCAUGCUGGGAAGAGCUUGGAGGAGGUGGGGUGCUCUUCUGGGUGGAGGGCACCACCUGUGCAAAGGUCCUGGGGCAGCACCAUGACUGGCAGGUGGGAGAAACAAUGAGGAAGCCCAUGUGGCUGAAACAGAGUGAGAGAGAGGCAGGGAGAGGAUAGGGAAGUUUGGGCAGGGCUUUGUGGCCUGGGAGAACUUGGGUUUUUACCCCCAGGGACGUAAAAACCCCUGGAGGGAGGGCUGUGGGCACAAGAGGGCAGGAACUGACUUGGUGCUCACAGGCACCCUUUAGGGCCUGCUGCGGGGAGGAUGCUGUGGGGUGACAGUGGAAGCCUGGGACCAGAGGAGAGGCCGCUGAGCUGGUCCCGGAGGGGAUGACGGAGUCUAGGCCCAGGUGGAGGCAGACGAGGGAGGGAAAGUGGGCACAUUCAGAACAUGAGCCCCUAUUUCAUCUCUGGGACACUGUGAGAUGGAGCAAGUCACAGCCCUUUCCUGGGCCCCAUCUUUCCCACCUGUACAAUGACCCUAGUGACCUCAGGUUCUGGAACUCUGAUACUUGCAUGUCCCUGGGUCACCCCAGCACAUUGAAAAGAUGAUCAUAGGCCUUCCAGGCCAAGGAGCUUAUUUCAUCCUCCUAAGCACCCAGGAGUUAGAAACUAUCACUGUCCCUAAUUUGCAAAUGAGGAAACGGAGGCUCAGAGAGGUGAAGUCACUCAAGUAACAAGAGAAGGAGCCAGGUGCCUUUACUGGAUUCUGACCCAUAUGGACACUGCAGCCUAUUAAUUCAUCGCCUCCAUUCUUUUUAUUCUGUGAACUGUUCUUGUUCAUGGUGUUAGGUGUUAGGUGUUAGUUCACGAUUUCUCCGCCAUACCCUGCUCACCCUGAAAGGACCGGGGGCAGACCGCAGUCGCCGCUGUGUUUUCAGAAUCCAGCCCAGGGCGUGGCACAAAAUAACCACUCAAUGACUCCUUUUGAUGAACAACUAUUGAACACCUACUGUGUACGGGCCUGAGCUGAGUGUAUUUCCCACCCCAUCCCCACGGAGUUCAGGCGGCAGUGAGGAUGUAGAUUCAUCCAUCCAUUUGUCCAGCCAACAUGGAUGCAGCUCCUCCUGUGUUGGCCUUGUGGACACAGCCAUGGCUGAGUGGGCGCCCUCCUGAGGUGACCCAAGACCACCCCAUUCUGUCUGCCAGGGCGCACGCUCCAGUGCCAGAGGCAAAGAAUUACAGGGUGACCAGGCUCGUGAUGGAGAAGUUAGGGGCGCAGAGGCCCAAAGGGGAACUUUGACCAGCCUGGGGAAAUUAAGAGAAGCUUCUGGAAGGGGGAAGUAAGCUGAGACCUGAAGCAUAUGUCAGAAUGAGCCACGGUCUGGGAAGUGUUCCGGAAGGUGGGCAGGCACCCCAUGGGCAAACGCUUGGAAGGCAGACCACCUACGAUACGGCAACUCCAGGAGGGGCUGCAAUUCUUGCGGCCCCAGCGCCCCCUGGUGGCCACGGGCAGCUCCUAGGCAGCCAGCCCCAGCGGGGCGUGAGGUUUGGGGAAGGUCCUUCUUCCCUCUUAAGUCAAACAGCCUUAAAGAAAAAUAAGGGGGAACUUUUUGGAAAAUUCCCCCUCUUUAAAAACUGUGAAAUUUGAAUAAAUAACAGAUGAUUUAUUUUUGA